AUGGCUGCUGAGCCACCUGCGUCAUCCCAACUUGUCAAUCGGCUAUCGGAAAGCCGGUCGCCAUACGUUCGUGGACAUAUGAACAAUCCUGUUGCAUGGCAAUUAUGGGAUUCAGCUGCGAUUGACCUCGCAAAGAGGCUUAACCGGCUCAUUUUCUUGAGCAUCGGCUACUCCGCUUGCCAUUGGUGCCAUGUGAUGGAGAAGGAAUCGUUCAUGUCGCAGGAGGUUGCUGCGAUUCUGAACAAAUCCUUUAUCCCAAUCAAGCUCGAUCGGGAGGAACGGCCGGAUAUCGACGAAGUCUACAUGAACUAUGUUCAGGCCACCACCGGUUCGGGUGGGUGGCCGUUGAACGUCUUCCUCACUCCGGAUCUUGAACCCGUCUUCGGCGGGACGUACUGGCCAGGGCCGCAUAGCAGCUCAGUGCCGCGACUGGGCGGCGAAGAGCCGAUCACGUUUGUCGACAUUCUGGAGAAGCUGAGGGACGUGUGGAACAGCCAGCAGCUACGAUGCAUGGAGAGCGCCAAAGAGAUUACCAGGCAGCUUCGAGAAUUUGCGGAAGAGGGGACCCACCUCAGACGGCCUGACAGCGAGGGCGAAGAGGAUCUGGAGGUAGAGCUCUUGGAAGAGGCGUAUCAGCACUUUGUCUCUCGUUAUGAUCCGGUCAACGGUGGAUUCUCCAGGGCGCCGAAAUUCCCCACGCCGGCGAAUCUGAGUUUCCUUCUCCGCCUGGGGCGCUACCCUGGUGCGGUGAUGGAUAUCGUUGGCCAGGAGGAAUGCGCGCGGGCGACGGAGAUGGUCUCCAAAACCCUUUUGCAGAUGGUUCGAGGAGGCAUCCAUGACCAAAUCGGGCACGGAUUUGCUCGAUAUAGUGUGACGGCGGACUGGAGCUUGCCGCACUUUGAGAAGAUGCUCUACGACCAGGCACAGUUGCUGGAUGUCUACGUCGACUGCUUUGAGGCCACGCAGGACCCCGAACUAUUGGGAGCAGUGUAUGAUAUUGUGGCGUACAUGACUAGCCCACCGAUGCUAUCACCAGAGGGUGCUUUCCAUUCAUCAGAGGACGCAGAUAGUCUUCCAACGCCGAAAGAUACGGAAAAACGAGAGGGUGCAUUCUACGUGUGGACGCUGAAGGAAAUGCAGCAAAUCCUGGGGCAACGAGACGCCGAGGUUUGCGCGCGCCAUUGGGGGGUUCUCCCGGAUGGCAACGUGGCGCGCGGGUAUGACCCUCACGAUGAAUUUAUCAACCAGAACGUGUUGAGCAUCAAAGCGACGCCGAGGCACAUUGCAAAGGAUCUGGGGCUGAGUGAGGAUGAAGUGGUGCGGAUUAUCAAGUCGUCGAGAAAGAAGCUGCAGGAGUUCCGAGACACGCAGCGGGUGCGGCCAGACCUGGAUGACAAGGUGAUUGUUUCCUGGAACGGGCUCGCCAUCGGAGCUCUGGCCAAGUGCAGCGUCCUUUUGGACCGAAUCGACCCGGACAAGGCGGAGCACUGUCGGCGUUCCGCUGCAACAGCAGCCGCAUUUAUCAAAGAGAAGCUGUUUGACGCCGACACGGGCCAGCUUUGGCGCGUGUACCGUGAUGGCGUCAGAGGCGAGACUCCUGGAUUCGGUGACGAUUAUGCGUAUCUCACUGCCGGGCUGAUUCAGCUGUACGAGGCUACGUUUGACGAUAGCUACUUGCGGUUCGCUGAGCAGCUCCAGAAGUACAUGAACACACACUUCCUCGCGAUGGCCGCGGACGGAAGCACGCCGGCCGGGUACUACAUGACGCAAGAGAACAUGCCGGGGGAUGUGCCGGGCCCCCUCUUCCGGCUCAAGACGGGCACCGACGCGGCGACCCCGUCGACGAACGGGGUGAUUGCGCAGAACCUGGUGCGGCUCGGGUCGCUGCUGGAAGACGAGUCGUACAGUGUGCUAGCCAAGCAAACGUGCAGCGCGUUCGCGGCAGAGAUCCUGCAGCAUCCAUUCCUGUUUGUGGGUGUCUUGGACGUGGUUGUCGGGCUGGAGGUGGGCGUCAAGAGCGUGAUUGGCGUGAUUGGACGCGACGAGGAGACGGCGAGGGCGGCGGUGGUUGAGGCGAUGCGCGAGGAAGCGGGCAUGGCGAUGUCGACGAGUGCGGCGGUUCUGGCGCUGGUGGACGUGCGGGCGGGCGGUGCGGGAGAGUCGUCGUGGCUGCGGGAGCGGAAUGUGCUGCUGAAGGACGUCCGGGGCGGGAAGAACUUUUUGCUGACAGUCAGUAAUCUAGCUAUUAGUUACUGUCUUCAAACUGCAACUACGGAGACAACUGAUAACCGCCGAGAUGCACGCUGUCGCUGCAAUGCCGGCUGCCACGACGUGUUUCAACCCGUCCACCACGCCUGGCGCUGGCAGCUGGAAAAACCCUCCGAGUUUGUGGGCGGCGGUCCUGGUGUGUUUCAGGAUGGGAUUGAACCCAGGGAUGCCCUGCCGCUAGCCUGCUAG